AUGUCCCCGUCUAAGUAUGGCGGUGGCCUGCAGUCACUAAGGCUGUUUGGCAGACAGCAGGAUGAGAAGAGCCUACUCAAGCACGAAGAGGUAGAUGAGUUGGAAUGCCCGCCGGGGAAGAAAGGCCUGCCCUGUAGGAUCGUCUGUCCGUUUAAUCUAAGCAAAAGAUAUGUCCUAGCGCUACUCAGCAGUAUGGGAUUUCUUAUAUCGUUCGGCAUAAGGUGCAACCUGGGCGUGGCCAUAGUGGACAUGAUUGACAACUCGACAGACAAACGAACCGGCGAGAUCAGGCCGGCAGAGUUUGACUGGUCUCCUAGUCAGAUAGGAAUCCUGGACAGUGCUUUCUUCUGGGGAUAUCUGAUCACGCAGAUACCUGGCGGGCUCAUAGCCGCUAAAUUCCCAGCGAACAGGUGUUUUGGCGUCGCGAUCGGCACGUCUGCAUUUCUCAACCUGCUCAUACCGGGGGCCUGCAAGGUUUCUAUAGAACUAGUUAUCUUCGUUAGGGUCCUUCAAGGUCUAGUCGAGGGUGUCACGUACCCCAGCUGUCACGGUAUGUGGAGAUGGUGGGCACCACCGAUGGAGAGAAGUCGCUUGGCCACCAUAUCCUUCUGCG